GGGAUCGCACGUGUGUUGUGUUUGCAAUACAUACUAUGGAGUGGAGUAACGAGAAAGUAAUUGCGUUUCUCGAGCUUCUGCAAACAGAACCAUGUUUGUGGGAUCCAAAACUGAAAACUUUCAAGAAUCGAGGAACGCAAAGUGAUGCUUGGCGCCGACUGAUGGAAUUAGUACCUUUUGAAACAACUAUUGAAGAAAUGAAAAAAAAGAAGGAAAGCCUGAUGGGUUACUAUAGAACCCAUUUAAAUAAAAUUAAAAAAUCUUUGAAAUCCGGAGCUGGCAGAGAUGACGUGUAUACAACUAAUUGGUUUGCUUUCGAAACGAUGGACAAUUUCCUACGAGGAGUAUAUGACAGUGGCCGCACAUUUAAUACGCAGACACAUGACGACAUUGAGAAUCUAGAAAGAAGUGAAGGUGAUGGGUAUAAUGGAAAUCAGAAUAGUCCUCAUUUUUCUACUGGAACAGAAGCAGCUUCGCCAAAUAUACAAGAAGAAAAUGAAACUCGUCCAAAAGAAAAUAAAUCUCUAAAUUAUAGUAAAAAAAGACAAGCGCGAGAUGAGUUACCUCAAGAAAUCAAAGCAGCGCGACGUCAAAUGGAUGAAGCUUUUGAAUUCAUGAAAGAUAAUAAAGAUGAUGAAUAUUACAUGUUCGGAAGACUGCUCGCAAGUAAACUAAAAAAAAAUAAGAAAUCCAAACACGCGUGAGAUAUUAAUGAAUGAUAUUCACAAUUUAGUCUUUCGUGCAUGUAUGGCAGAUCGACUUGAGCAGCAGUCUGCAGUACCUCAGUUUUCUAAAGCCCUGUCUCCACACCAUCAAGCAUUCAGCCCAUCACCAAAUCAUCAACCAUACCAGUCGCCUCCAGGCCCCUCCAUAUCCAUGUCUCCAUACCAUCAAGCAUUCAGCCCAUCACCAAAUCAUCAACCAUACCAGUCGCCUCCAGGCCCCUCCACAUCCAUGUCACCACACCAUCAAGCAUUCAGCUCAUCACCAAAUCAUCAAACAUACCAAUCACAUCCAGGUCCCUCCACAUCCAUGUCACCACACCAUCAAGCAUUCAGCCCAUCACCAAAUCACCAAACAUACCAGUCGCCUCCACCUCACGAUUCAAAUAGUCUACCUCCAGAACAGUUUUCAGUUCAAACUCACCAAGACAAUUACCUAGAAAUACUACCGCCAACUCGUGCCUCACAAAUAGUUAUUACAGAGUCCGGUGAAAUACAGAUAAUUAAAGAUAAAUAAAAAUUGUAAAUGCCAUGUUAAUUACUUCAAGAAACAAAUAAAUGAAAGACAAAAUAUAUA